GCAGUCCCACCAAUUCUGAAACUGGUUUUAUCUGCCUUUUGGACUUUCUCACUUUGUCCUUGUACAGCUCUGGAUGUUUGCAGCCGAGUUGAGCCAACUGACCAUGCAGUGCCUUGAGUCUACACAAUGAUGAAGCGGCACAUCUCCCUCUUUAGGAGAAAGAAGAUAAGAUCUUUAUGGAGCAUUGCAUCAAGCUUUCCCUCUGUUAGUGGAGUUAGGUGGUGUGAGAUGAUUUCUCCUACAAGGCUUUGGCAAACAGUGUCAAGCUGCCUUGCAACCUCAGCCUAAAUGUUUGUGACAGACAGAAUUUGGAUCUACAAGAUGUGAAAUUUACAGAUAAACAAAGGAAAAGAUGGAAGAGCACUUUUCUUUUAUUUACAAUAUGUAAACAUGCAUUUCGCUCAACCCCAUAGCUUAUGUGAAGAUUCUGCUGAAUCUUAAUGCUGAAAGGAUUACUGAGGUCCCCUGUCAUGUUGAAAAAGUAGCAAGAUGUCUGGGCUAGAAGAAUCUUUCCGUAAAUUUGCAAUAUAUGGUGACAGAGCUGCCAGCAGCAACAGCAUGACAGGGAAAAACUUCUCCAAGAUGUGCAAAGAGUGUGGGGUGAUGGAUGGAAAAGCUGUGACCAGCACUGACAUUGACAUUGUAUUCAACAAAGUCAAGACCAAGGGUGCCCGCACCAUCAAUUUUGCUGAGUUCCAGCAGGCCAUGAAGGAGAUCUGUGUUAAACGUUUCAAGGACAAAUCACCAGAGGAAGCCCUGCAAGCUGUGUAUGGCCUCAUUGAGGGGAAGGAGCCAAGCAGCGUGGGCACCACCAGAGUCGCAAAAGUAGCUGGGAUCGAGAGGCUGACGGACACUAGCAAAUACACUGGCAGUCACAAAGAGCGCUUUGAUGAGAGUGGCAAGGGGAAAGGACUUGCUGGCCGUGAAGACUUGACAGACAACAGUGGCUAUGUUGGUGCCUACAAGGGAGCUGGCACUUAUGAUAAGACACACUAGGACUGAAGCUACUUUGGGAAGCAAGGAUCUUCUUCCUCUAGGAAUACGUGGCAGAAGAGGCAAAUAAAAUCUCACGAAACUGACCUCCUGUGUGUACUGCCAAUCUGCAAUAUGAUAGGAUGGGAAUGGCUGGGGUGCAUACAGCAUGACCAGCAGUGCCUGACCACAGCCUUAAAAGCACUCUUACAGUGCAUAGGAUGUGAUAUAGGCCAUCCCCUGGGGAGAGUAGGAGCCCCAGUAACGCUAGUCAUUACUUUUCGCCACUCCUCUUCCCUGGGGUUAAACCUCCUCACCCAUUCACUGCACUUGGCAUGGUCAUUCAUUGCUAUUUCCCCUACUUCAAGCUGCUGGCAGCUGGAAAGGGUCUGUAUCAACAGGAAAGUGAAUAAAGACUUAUGACUGUCA